AUUCCGUGUUUGUUUACAUGGAUACGUCAACGACUACCAUGAGAAUGUAGUUAACUUGGGUUUAUUUACAUUUAAAUAACAAGUAGUCUUUUAUAAACUCAUACAAACCAACUUAAAUUAAAUAGAUUAGUACUAAAACUGUCAAAAUGUCGGAUUUUAAAGAAGUUAAAUAUCAACCAAGACAAGACUGGAAUCAAACAUCAACCGGGGUUGGUCAUCAUUACAGGCCUGGAUAUUAUUUCCCAAGUUCACAUUUCCAUCCAUCUAUAGGAGAGCCAGUUCCUCCCCCACUAGCCCAUCAAGAUCAAGUCACGAGAGAUCAACACUUUGAAACAACGACAGGGAAAGCUCAUGACAGAAAAUACCCUGCAACAUUAUACUCAAAUCCUGUUCAUCAAAAGGCACCUGGUCAUUGGAAAGUUGAUUAUGUUAAAGACUUAGCAGAAAAGUUGUCAAAGGGAGGAUGGAGGCGACCACUUACAAUGGGAAAUCAGACAUCAGAAACUCGUGAAAAAUUCUGUAGCGAACCUGGUGUAAGACAAAAGUAUCAUUUUGAUGACACUGCUGGACUUGGUUUACCUCAAAACUUUAAUCUUCAUGAUCACCAUGUAGAAGGUCCAAGCAAGCUUGGCCAGGCAACAACACAAAACCCCAAAUUACAAGGAAAACAAUUCUAUGUGCGUGACCGAGGAGUCCUGAACUUACUAGAUCCCUACCUUACCACGACACACAAGGAUCACAGAGCUUUCAAACCAGAUGAGUUGAAGAAAUACCCAAAGAAAGAUGCAGCUACAUACUGGCAGUGUGAAGACUAUCCCAAGGCCUGGGGUCAUGGGCUCAAAGCAAACCCAUUGCCUAAAACUUCAGUACCUAGAGAGCAGCUACCUAUGAGAGAUACUACAUUUUUCACCACAAAAACUAAAGUUCCAAGACCACCAAAGGCAAUGGUUCCUGUCCCCCACUCUGGUCUCAAAUCCGAGCAUGCUGACCGAUAUACACGACCUAAUGAUGUCAGAUUUAAGGAGGCUAUUUAUUGUCCAGUUGACCCUCCAUUUACUUUGCCUGUACCCGGAACAAAAUCUGCUAUGACAGCCCCUAAAAUGUACAACACCGAAUACCAGCACGUAGGAUCGGAAAAACCUAUUAUGGUGUAAAUUCUAAAUUUAGAGUACCAAAGAAACAAGACUUUUAUAAAAAAAAUACCAUUUUUAAUUUUCAUAAAGCUUAAAAUUGUCAGAAUAAAAGUAUUAAAAGUUUAAAAAUGAAAACAGGAAAAUAUUUCUAAAGGUUUUAUCUUGUUUAUGUAUUUAUAUUUUAUACAUAACUUUAUCUUUCUAUUGGAUUUAUUAAGUAUAUGAAAUAUUAUUGUUUCAAUCAAAUUUUAGAUAAUCAUUUAGUUUUGUGGUUUUAUACAUAUAUUUAUACAGUUCAGUAAGUUUACACUUUUUACUUUCCUUUGACUAUGAAUUAUUUACUUUGUAUUCAGAGUUAAAUAGUGCAAUGAUGGAAAUGGUUAUGAAAAAAAAAACAACAUAUGCAUCAAUUUAUUGCAUAUUUUUUAUGCUACAACAUAUACAUUUAUUUAACAACCGUUUUAUUCCAUGAAAAAUGUUGGAAUUGAAUAUUUUUACUAUCAUUUUAGAGGUUAAGGAUUUGUAUUGUUAAAGAUGGGGGAAAAAAAGACUUUUAAUUACACACGUGCAUAUCUGUUCUAUUUUUAUCAUAUUUGUCAUGUCAUUUGCUGAGGUCAUAGGUCAUAUUUUAAAUAUUUUAACAUGCAUGCAAUUGACCUUAUUACACAUGUUGUAAGAUAAUGUGGUUGAAUGGGACGAGUUGUCUGUGAUAUUUUGUAGAUAAAAAAUACUUUCAUCAUUGUAGCUGUUAAUGUAAAUGUUAAAUUGAAUAAUUUGUGUGAACGCUUAAAGCACCAAGUGGUCUUUUUAUAACUUAAUGUGAAUGCUUUAGUUACUGAUUGGUUUGGCUGGUUUUGUUUUCUUACCAGCAUAAGUUUAAAGGGCUUACAGUCUGUUAUCAGUAAAAUAUUUGUAAGUAAUCUUAUAACUUAACAUUGAAAUAAUAAUUUUUGUAAAUUUCCUAUAAAUACAGCAGUAAAUGUGAGAAAUCAUAGCUAAAUCUCUGGUAUUAAAAAUGCAGUUGAGUACAUUAUUGUGUAUUUGGGUAAAGAACCAAACAGUUUCCUGUCUUACCAAAUAUUUUUUGUGCAUAUAUUUGUGAAUUUUUCGCUAGAUAUGACCAUAAAAUAUAAAAACAACAUACAUGUCAUGAUGUGUACAGUUUUGUUGUUGUUUUUUAGUAUGUUUCACCAACUAUAUAGUUUAACAGCCUUGAAAGCAAUGGACGUUUUUUUAUGUCAAGAAAAUAACUAGACUGUGCCAAAGUUUAGUUUUAGUUUCUUGGUAUGAUUAUGUGAAUAUUUUUAUUUUAAAAAUGUCAUUAUAAUUGCAUGAUCACAUACAACACAAAAUUUUCUUUUUUGUCAAGUGUAUUUUAAAAUAUGCAAAUAAUUAAAAAUAGUAUUAGAAAAUUAUAACUAUUGGAAGACAAUAUAUUUAAUAUACAAAUAAAAUUUGGCAGACAACCAAUGGAAAAGAAAACAAGAUAGCAACCACUUCUGGUCAGUUGAUAUUUGUUAACGUUAGCAGCUGUCCAAUAUCAUUUUUACAGCUGUCCGAUAACAUUUUUUCACAAGUGUCCGAUAUCACUUUUGCAAGUGACCAAUAACAAACAAGUAUUUUGAGGAUUUUUUCUGUCCAUUUCAGCAUUUUUAGCAUAGUAUUACAGUAACCCACAGUAUGAGUAUUAUUUCCCACAGUAUGAGUAUUUUUUGUAUCUAGAUGUACAAGCCGAUGUAUUAAGACAAUAUAUUUACAUCAGUAUUUUUUUUAGCUUCCUUCUCUUUUCUUUUACAUGCAUUUCAUUAUUUUCAUCAUGUGUUUUGUUAAUGAUGUGAAUAUAAUGAAUAAAAAUUUCAAAUA